AUGUCGCGAUCAGCUUCCACAGAUGCAAGUGGCGAUCUUAAGCGUCAAAAGACAGGGCUUGCACCACUUGAUGCCAGUCGACUUGUGGUGAAGCGGAAUGAAAAUCCUCGCACGUGUCCUGAUGCUAAGGAUCUGGUAUUCGGCAAGACGUUUACGAACCAUAUGCUGACAGUUCCUUGGAAUAAGACCACUGGUUGGGGUGAACCAAAGAUUGAAGCUUACGGCCCCUUCCAACUAGAUCCUAGCACCACUGUCUUGCAUUAUGCUUCGACAUUGUUUGAAGGUCUGAAGGCCUACCGUGACCCUCAAGACAAGAUUCGACUCUUCCGUCCCAACAAAAAUAUGGAGCGCAUGAACCGCAGCGCUGAGCGACUUUGCCUUCCUACUUUUGAUGGAGACGAGCUAAUCAAGCUCAUCAAGAAGCUUGUGGACCUUGACCAGGAUUGGGUACCCAAAGAAGAUGGCUAUUCCUUGUACAUUCGCCCCACUUUAAUUGGUGCACAGGCUUCGUUGGGUGUUGCUGACAAUACGGAAGCCUUGCUUUUUGUGAUUCUUUCUCCCGUUGGACCGUAUUACUCCACGGGUGUGAAGCCUGUUGCACUGGAAGCCAAUUUAGAUUACGUCCGAGCAUGGCCAGGCGGUUCUGGUAAUGCGAAGCUUGGCGCUAACUACGCACCAGGCGUGCUUCCUGCUAAGGAAGCAUCUUCUCGUGGGUAUCAACAGAUCCUAUGGCUAUUUGGUGAAGAGCAUUGGCUUACUGAGGUGGGCACAAUGAACAUGUUCGUCGUUCUAAAGAAAGACGAUGGUGUUCUUGAAGUCGUGACGCCACCUCUCAAUGGAAUGAUUCUGCCCGGUGUGACACGCGAUUCCAUUCUCGAAAUACUGCGUGACCACCAGUCCGGGAAGAUCCAACUUGAGGGUGUGCCGAAGAUCGAAGUGAACGAACGUGAAAUCAAUAUGAAGGAAAUUCUUGAGGCUUCAAAGAACGGUACCUUAGAGGAGAUGUUCGGUGCUGGUACAGCAGCUGUUGUCAGCCCCGUGAACAAAAUUGGUUACAAUGGCCAGGACAUUGAUGUUCCGGUUACAUCGAGCGGCUUCGGUAUUAUUGCUGAGCCUGUAUUGAAGCAACUCUCUGACAUCCAAUGGGGCAAGAUUGACCACCCUUGGUCAACCCCCGUGCAAAGUGACUGA